AUGGAGGCAAAAAUUUUGGAUGCUGUAAAUAAUUUUUUGAAAGUGAAUUCAAAGGUUGUACUGUUUUCGUCAGCCAUCGUUUAUAAUCCCGAAGAUGAGGAGGCUAGUUCGACAAAAUUUAUGGAUUUAAUUGUUACCAGCUUUGGGAGUGUGCCACAAGACAGUAAGGAGGGACUUGUGAGGCAGUACCUGCAGCGUACUGCGACUGCAACCAAUUUAAAUCAAUUAAGAGUGCUGUUGAAAACGCUAAGUAAAUUGGUUGAUGCACACCUCAUAACCGCAAGACUGCUCUGUGAUAAAAUCUUAUUGUGCGACAAACUCGUUUAUGAAAACAAAGAUUUUUGGAUUGAAUGUUUUCGCCUUAUAAAGAAAGUAAUAACACAGGUGGACUAUAAGGGAGUACGUGAAGUUAUGAAGGUAUGUCGUGAUAAGGCACAAUCUUUCCCGUUGAAUAUAAAUGUGAUAUACAUGCCACAACUAUCAGCUUUAGAAGAAAUAAUCCGUUUGAUAUUUGACAGAAACAAGUGUUUGCUGCCGGCAUAUUUUAUAGCAAAUGAAAUAAUGAAACCAUUCCCAUACCAUUGGAAAAUUAAUAAAUUAAUGACAGAUUUUUUGGAAGAAUUUCGCAGUAUAGCACAAAUGGUUUCCAUAAUAGGACAUUCACACAUGCUACCAAUAGUUGAACAUUUUGGAUAUGCAGACCAUAUGAUGAAUUCUUGGAAAUUAGAUCAUAAUACAUUAAAAUUUAAUUUUAAAGGUUGUCUGCCUUAUGAACCAGAACUAUUGGAAGAGCAAACGCAACUAUUACGCUAUGUUCUAAAUCAACCAUAUUCGAAAGAGAUGGUAUCUGUUAUGCUUAACUUACAAAAGCAACAAAAGGAACGCUGUAAUGCUCUGGAAGAGCAAUUAGUUAGUUUAAUAAUAAGCGCAAUGGAAAUGACUGAAUCGUCUGAAUCAAGUUCAGCAAGCAGUUCUAGUGCGCCAGAGGAACAAAUUUCCGAUAAUGAAUGGGUUUGGUUGCAUCUAUCAUCUCAAUUAAUAUAUUUUGUAUUAUUUCAAUUUGUUAGUUUUAUGCAAAUCGUGCUAGCAUUAUAUGAAAAGCUCUCAAAAAUGGAGUUACGUAAAGGUCGUGAUCAACUAAUGUGGAUUUUAUUACAGUUCAUAUCUGGAAGCAUACAGAAAAAUCCAAUUGCAAAUUUCUUACCAAUGUUUAAACUUUUCGAUUUACUAUAUCCAGAGCAAGAACCAUUAAAGUUGCCAGAAUGCACUAAAUCAUCAUCUCUUCGGCAGAUGGCACCAAUUUGUAUUUGGAUACAUUUAAUGAAAAAAGCACGUGUGGAAAAUAUGAACAUAAAUCGUCCACUACCAAUUGCUUUGAAGAAUCAUCAUGAUUUUCUACAACAUUUGGUUAUGCCAAGUACUUUGAUGACUAUUAGUCUUGGAAAUGAUUUUCGUAUAAUAUUAAUAUGUAAUGCGUAUUCUACAAAUCAGGAAUACUUUGCACGUCCAAUGAACAUUUUGGUUGAAGCAUUAAAUAGUACUAAGACGACAGGGGGAACACAAGUACCUUCGGUUCCUUUUUCAAUGGUUGUUCUUGAUAGUUUAACUGUACACAGUAAAAUGUCGCUUAUUCAUAGUUUUGUUACACAAAUGAUUAAGCAAGCACAGAGUAAAAGUACUGUUCCAACUCCUGCUCUUGUAGAAACUUAUGCACGUCUUCUUGUUUAUACUGAAAUAGAAUCUUUGGGAAUUAAAGGAUUUUUAACUCAAUUACUUCCAACUGUUUUUAAACAUCAUGCAUGGGGAAUAUUACAUACACUGCUAGAAAUGUUCUCUUUUCGUUUACAUCAUAUUCCAACUCAUUAUCGUGUACAGCUACUAUCGCACUUACAUUCCUUAGCUCCAGUGCCACAAACAAAUAAAAUGCAAUUAAACUUAUGUUUUGAAUCAACCGCUUUGCGUCUUAUAACUGGUUUAGGCUCCGUUGAGGUGCAACCGCAACUCUCCCGACAUUUAAAUGAAAAGCCAUCUGGUUCUGUCGUAUCUACAGAUAGCGAAGAAUUGAAUCGCGUGUUAAUUUUGACAUUAGCUCGAUCUAUGCAUAUAACCGGAUCCGGUGAUGAUUUACAGGCCUGGUGUAAAGAGUUACUGACCACAAUAAUGCAAAAUACCCCACACUCUUGGGCUUCACAUUCAUUAGCUUGUUUUCCUCCAGCCUUAAAUGAAUUUUUCACUCAAAAUAGUCAUCCAAUAGAAAAUAAAACAUUAUUGAAGAAAUCAGUUGAAGAGGAAUACCGCAAUUGGACAUCAAUGUCUAACGAGAGUGAUAUAAUUGCACAUUUCAUACGGCCCACUACAAAUCCUUUAUUUUUAUGUUUACUUUUUAAAAUGAUUUGGGAAACGGAAACUAUAAGUCCUGUGGCAUAUAAAAUACUUGAAGGCAUAAGUGCACGUGCGCUUUCUGCUCAUUUACGUAAAUUAUGCGAUUAUUUGGUUGGUGAAGUUGCCAACUCCAAUGGCAAAGAUUUCAUACAUAAGUGUGUCGACACAAUUAACAAUAUGAUCUGGAAAUAUAAUGUUGUUACUGUUGACCGCGUUGUACUCUGCUUAUCAUUACGUACACAGGAGGGUAAUGAGGCACAAGUUUGUUUUUUAAUUAUACAGUUACUUUUAUUAAAAGCCUCAGAAUUAAGAAACCGCAUACAAGAAUUCUGCAAAGAAACGAAUCCUGAUCACUGGAAACAAAAUAAUUGGUACGAAAAACAUUUAUCAUUCCAUCAAAAAUAUCCUGAAAAAUUUGCUCCUGAUGAAUCUGCUUCACAUACUCCAUUGCCCGUGUACUUCACUAAUGUUUGUUUAAGAUUUUUACCGGUGCUAGACAUAGUGGUCCAUCGUUUCAUAGAAUUACCCAUACAACAUGUGCAUCAAAUACUAGAAGUAAUAUUGGAUCACCUGAGUAUUUUGUACAAGUUUCAUGAUCGUCCAAUAACUUAUUUGUAUAAUACCUUCCAUUUUUAUGAACAUAUAUUAAGAGACCGCCCAUCACUUAAAAAGAAAAUGAUAAGUGCCAUAACAGGCGCUUUUACUGACAUACGACCACCUUAUUGGUGCCUCAGUGAUCCGUAUAAAACAUUUUUACAAAAUCAGGAGCUUUUAUGGAAUCCGGAGCUUAGUUAUUACAUACAGCUAAUACGUCGAUUAUCCGAUACAAUAAAUGGUAAAAAUCUAUUUUACAAUACGGACUGGCGUUUUAAUGAGUUCCCCAAUGCACCAACUCAUGCGCUCUAUGUUACUUGCGUGGAAUUGCUUAGUCUGCCAGUAGCACCAACAGUAGUGGCAAAUAAUAUUAUUGACAUUAUUGUAAAAGGUUACUCACAAAUUCCACAAAAGGAAAUAUAUAGCUAUAUAAAUGCUGUGGGUAUUGUAUUGGCUGCAUUACCAGAAGCAUAUUGGAGUUGCAUAUAUGAUCGCCUACAGGAAGUGUUGAAAUCUCCAAAAAUGUUGAAAUGGACAUAUCGCUUUAAUGCUUUUCAAAUAUUCAAUUUUAAAACAGUUCGUGAAGCAAUGAUUGAUAAGAGUUAUGUCGUUGUAUUGGCAGUAGCACAUUCUGUGUUUCAUCAUAUGGGUGGCUUCAAAUUGGCUUUAAUGACAAAAUAUCUGGAAGAGAAGUUAAAACCUUGCAUAUGUACUGAACAUCAGUUAAUAUUCCUAUGCCAUGUAUUUGGUCCAUUUUUGCAGCGUAUAGAGCAAGAGAAGCCAAAUGCAGUUGCUGGUAUUGCCAUUUUACUCUAUGAAUUGCUGGAAGUUGUGGAUAAGCAACAUGGUCCUAAUAAUCUGGAAUAUAUGGAUCCUAUUUGCGAUUUUCUUUAUCAUAUAAAAUACAUUUAUGUUGGAAAUUUUAUAAAGAAUGAAUCAGAAGCAAUUAUUAAGCGUCUGCGACCCACCUUACAGUUGCGUCUACGUUUUAUUACACAUUUAAAUCUCGAAGAUAUACAAGCAGAAAAGAAAUCUGAUAAAGAAUAACCUUACGCGAAACAUGAUUUUCUUCAUCUUAAGAUUUUCAUAUCUUUCUUAACAACAUUAGUUAUUACAUUUUUAAUGAUUUUUUCACA